GGCACUUCAGCGCUAGCGCGCCAGCGGGCGGCCGAGAGCUAGGGCGGCGGGCCGAGCGCCGAGCGGGUGUCGCCAGCAGACAGGCCGGAUUCCGCUCUGGGCCCCGCAUGCCGGCCGCGGGCCCCGCCUGAACCUCCCGGCCUGCCCGGGACCAGGGCCGGGGCCAUGCGCGCGCUGCCCUGACGAUGCCGCCCGCCGCGCCCGCCCGCCUGGCGCUCGCUCUGGGCCUGGGCCUGUGGCUCGGGACGCUGGCGGGGGACCCGGGGCGCGGCUGCGGGCCCUGCGCGCCCCCCUGCUUCUGCGGCCCGGCGCCUGGCGCCGCCUGCCGCGCCAACUGCUCGGGUGGGGGGCUGCGGACGCUCGGACCCGAGCUGCGCAUCCCCGCGGACGCCACGGCGCUAGACAUCUCCCACAACCUGCUGCGGGCACUGGACCUCAGGGACCUCGAGCCCCUCUCGGCGCUGACAGAGCUGGACAUAAGCAACAACAAGAUUUCCACAUUAGAAGAAGGAAUAUUUGCUCAUUUGUUUAACUUGAGUGAAAUAAACCUGGGUGGGAACCCUCUGGUGUGUGACUGCCGCCUGGCCUGGCUGCCCCGCUGGCUGGAGGAGCAGCGUGUCCACGUGGUGCGGCCGGAAGCUGCCACGUGUGCAGGCCCCGGCCCCCUGGCCGGUCAGCCUCUUCUUGGAGGCCCCUUGGUGGCUAGAGGCUGUGGUGAAGAGUACGUCGCCUGCCUCCCAGAUGGUGGCUCAGGCGCGCUGGUGCCGAUGGUCUUCUUGGCUGCCUGGGAGGAGCCCCUGGCGCCCGAGGCCUGUGGCGCUGUCUGCUUCGCUGCCGGCCGGGGCCUGGCUGCCUGCUCGGACCAGGGUCUCUGCCUGUGCGGGCCUGUCCAGCCACCUAAUGCCUCUGAGGCCUGCCUGGCCUUCUGCUCCACUCCCCCACUCCUCACCCCUGCUUGUGGGGGUCCCACCCUCCUCCGACAUACCUUCCCCACCUCCCCUGGGGCCACCCUGGUGGGGCCCCCAGGACCCCUGGCCUCUGGCCAGCCAGCAGCCUUUCACGUGAGCGCCCUGCUGCCUGUCAAUGCCACCCGCUGGGACUUCGGGGACGGCUCCCCAGAGGUGGGCGUCGCGGGCCCGGCCACCUCUCACCGCUAUGUGCUUCCCGGGCACUAUCACGUGACAGCUGUGCUGGCUCUUGGGGCUGGCUCUGCCCAGCUGGGGGUGGACGUGCAGGUGGAGGCUGCGCCUGCCACCCUGGAGCUCCACUGUCCGCCCUCCGUGCACAGUGACACACCCCUGGAGCUGGGCAUCCGCAACCGAGGAGGCUCAGGCCUCAAGGCCACCUACAGCAUCGUGGCACUGGACCCAGGACAAGUGGUGCACCCGCUCUGUCCCUCGGACACCCAGAUCUUCCCUGGAAACGGGCACUGCUACCGCCUGGUGGCAGAGAAGGCAGCCUGGCUGCAGGCGCAGGAGCACUGUGGCACCUGGUCAGGGGCUGCCCUGGCCAUGGUGGACAGCACCGCUGUCCAGCGCUUCCUCAUCUCUCAGGUCACCAGGAGCCUGGACGUGUGGAUCGGCUUCUCAGCUGUGGACGGAGCAGAGGCAGGCCCGGCACCAAGAAGCGAGGCCUUCAGCCUCGAGAGCUGCCAGAACUGGCUCCCUGGGGAGCCACACCCCGCCACUGCCAAGCGCUGCGUGCGACUUGGGCCCGCCGGCCAGUGUAACACCGACCUGUGCUCCACACCGCACAGCUACGUCUGUGAGCUGCGGCCUGGAGGCCCUGUGCAGGAUGCAGAGAACUUCCUCAUGGGAGUACCCAGUGGGGACCUGCAGGGGCCCCUGAGCCCCCUGGUCCAGCAGGAGACCCUCUCAACGCCUCAGGAGCCUGUGGAGGUGCUGGUGUUCCCGGGCCUGGUCCUGAACCAUGAAGCCUUCCUCACCGCAGCAGAAUUCAGCACUCAGGAGCUUGCCCGCCCCGUCCAGCUGCGCCUACAAGUGUACCGGCCCACGGGAGCAGGGGCCCGAGAAAAUAGCAGUGACAACAUGAGCGCUUCCCAGGAUAACAGGACUGAGCCAACCCCAGUGUGCAUGCCAGAGGGCUGCUGGUGCCCCAAUGCCAAUGUCUGCCUGCCGCUGGAUGUGCCCUGCUUCCCUGGGGCCUGUACCCGUGGCUCUGCAUCCACAGCGGGGCUUCCAACGGUGUCCUACUUGCUGUGGAGGGAGUUUCUGUUCUCUGUACCUGCGGGGCCCCCUACCCAGUACUCAGCGACCUUUCAUGACCUGGAUGACCCCCUGCUCCCUGGCGACCUCUUCAGCUUGCAGCAUGAUGGGGGCCCUGGCGCCCUCCUGCACUGCCCCCUGGCACUCAGCUGCCCUGGCCCCACAGCCCCCUACUUCUCCGCCAAUGCCUCGGGCUGGCUGCUCCAUCUGCCACCCCAGCUGGAGGCAGCCCCAGCCGGCCCGUCCUGCGCCCUACGAGUGCUCACUGCCACCGAGUGCCUCACUCCCCUGCUAGGCCGCAACCCUGGGCUGCGGCAGCCAGGGCGCUAUGAGGUCCGGGCCACGGUGGGCAGCAGCGUGUCCCAGCACAACCUGUCCUGUCUCUUCCAAGUGGUGUCCCCAGUGGCAGGGCUUCAGCUCCUCUACCCUGUGCCCCAGGAUGGGCACUUGUACAUACCCACCCACGGCUCAGCCCUGGUGCUGCAGGUGGACUCCGGUGCCAACGUCACCGCCACAGUACACUGGCCAGGGGGCAACGUCAGUGCCCCUUUUGAGGCCAAGUGUCCCGCCACGGUGGCCACUUGGGUACCUAACUGUGACUUGAAGGCCAACAGCACCCUGUUCUCAGUGCUGGCGCUCCCCGGGCUCAGUGAGGGAGAACACACUGUGGACGUGGCGGUGGAGAACGACGGCGGUGGUCGGGCUGACCUCAGCCUGUGGCUGAGGGCUGAGGAGCCCAUCUGUGGGCUGCGCGCCACGCCCAGCCCCGAGGCCCGAGUGCUUCAGGGCGUCCUGGUGAGGUACAGCCCGGUGGUGGAGGCUGGUUCGGGUGUAGUCUUCCGCUGGACCAUUGACGACAAGCAGUCCUUGACCUUCCACAAUGUAGCUUUCAACGUCAUCUACCAGAGCGCCGCCGUGUUCAAGCUCUCGCUGACAGCCUCCAACCACGUGAGCAAUGUCACUGUCAACUACAAUGUCACAGUUGAGCGCAUGCAGCACAUGCGGGACCUGCGAGUGUCAGCCGUGCCGACAGUGCUGCCCCCUAAUGGCACGCUGGUGCUGGCGGCCUCUGUGCUGGUGGACUCAGCCGUGGAAGCCGCCUUUCUCUGGACCUUUGGUGAUGGGGAACAGAUGCUUGGCCAGUUCAAACCACCUUAUGAGUCGUUUCUGGUCCCGAACCCCAAAGUGGCCCAGGUGCUGGUGGAGCAUAACACCACACACAUCUACGCCUUCCCAGGUGAGUACAACCUGACGCUGCUCGUGUCCAACGCCUUUGAGAACCUGACGCGGCAGGUGACCGUCAGCGUGCGUGCCACGCUUCCCACUGUGUCGGUGAUUGUGGACAGCUGUGUCCUGGUGGCUGGCCAGCCUGUCAUCUUCUCCUCAACCCCACUGCCCUCUCCCGGCAACAUCUUGUACACAUGGGACUUUGGGGACGGCUCCCUGGCUGUGACGCAGCUGCAACCAGCAAUCAGCCACACGUACACCUCAAGGGGCUGGUACAGCAUCCGGCUGGAGGUUAACAACACCGUGAGCCGCCGGGUGGCCGAGACCAGCGUCCAUGUUCUUGAGGAACUCCGGGGUCUGAGCGUAAGUCUGAGCCAGACCGUGGAGCAGGGUGUGCCCGUGGUGGUCAGUGCUGCCCUGGAGUCAGGUGACAACGUCACGUGGACUUUUGACAUGGGCGACGGCACAGUUAUCACAGGCCCCGAGGCCACAGUGCAACAUGUGUACCUGCGGGCCCAGAACUGCACGGUGACCGUGGCGGCGUCCAGCCCCGCUGGCCACCUGGCCCAGAGCCUAUUUGUGCAGGUCUUCGUCCUGGAAGUGCUGCGCAUCGACCCGGCGGGCUGUAUCCCCACACAGCCCCAGGCCCAGCUCACGGCCCACGUCACAGGUGACCCUGCCCAUUACAUCUUUGACUGGACCUUUGGGGACGGCUCAGCCAACGUGAGUGUUGAGGGGAGCCCAUUGGUGACCCACAACUUCACACGCAGUGGCACGUUCCCAUUGGUGCUGGUCCUGUCCAGCCGGGUGAACAAGGCGCACUACUUCACCAGCGUCUGUGUGGAGCCCGAAGUGGGCAAUGUCACCCUUUGGCCAGAGAGACAGUUUGUGCAGCUCGGGGACGAGGCUCAGUUGGUGGCCCGAGCCUGGCCUCCCUUCCCCUACCGAUUCACCUGGGACCCCGGCUCCCAGGAUGCCACAGCCCGCAUCAGGGGCCCUGAGGCAGCGUUUACCUACCGUGGCUCGGGCUCCUUCCUGGUGGCUGUCACUGCAGCCAACAACAUCUCGGCUGCCAAUGACUCGGCGCUGGUGGAGGUGCAGGAGCCGGUGGAACUCUGGGGCAUCCAGUUCAACGGAUCCCACGGACCCCACGUGCUGGAGUUGCGGCAGCCCUACCUGUUCUCCACCUCGGGCCGGGGCCACCCCGCCAGCUACCUGUGGGAGCUGGGAGACGGUGGGCGGAUUGAGGGCCCCGAGGUCACCCACACCUACAACAGCACCGGCCACUUCAGUGUCGUGGUGACCGUCUGGAACGAGGUGAGCCGCGCUGAGGCCUGGCUCAAUGUCACGGUCCAGCAGUGUGUGCAGGGGCUGAGCGUCAAUGCCAGCCGCACGGUGCUGCCGCUUAAUGGCAGCGUGAGCUUCAGCACCUCCCUGCAGGCGGGCAGUGCUGUGCGCUACUCCUGGGUGUUGUGUGACCGCUGCACGCCCAUCCCCGGGGGGCCCACCAUCUCCUACACUUUCCGCUCCGUGGGCACCUUCAACAUCAUCGUCACGGCCGAGAACGAGGUGGGCUCCGCCCAGGACAGUAUCUUCAUCUAUGUCCUGCAGCACAUCGAGGGUCUGCAGGUGGCAGGCGGCGGCUGCUGCUUCCCCACCAACCACACGCUGCAGCUGCAGGCCGUGGUGCGGGCUGGCACCAACAUCUCCUACAGCUGGAGUGCCCAUCAGGACGGCGGCCCUGUCCUGGCCGGCAGCGGCAAAACCUUCUUCAUCACGGCGCCCAGGCCUAGCACCUACCACAUCCAGCUCCGGGCCACCAACAUGCUGGGCAGCGCCUCUGCCAGUGGCACUGUGGACUUCGUGGAGCCUCUGGGGGGGCUGACCGUGGUCACCUCCCCCAACCCGGCUGCCGUCAAUGUGAGUGUCACCCUGAGUGCCCGGCUGUCCACGGGUAGCAGUGCCUGCUAUACCUGGUCCUUGGAGGAAGGGCUGAGCUGGGAGACUGUGGAGCCAGCCACCACCUAUGCCUUCCCCACACCGGGCCUGCACCGGGUCACAGUCACGGCUGAGAACCCACUGGGCUCUACCAAUGCCUCAGUGGAAGUGGCCGUCCAUGUGCCAGUGUGUGGCCUCCAUAUCAGGGCCUGUGAGCAGGACUGUGGUUUUGUGGCAACUGGCUCCACUGUGACCUUCUGGGGACAGCUGGCUUCGGGGACCGGAGUGAGCUGGUAUUGGACUGUGCCCGGGGGCAGCAGACUCGGCCAGCACAUCGCCCUGGACUUCCCCAGUGCUGGCACCUUCUCCAUCCAGCUCAAUGCCUCCAAUGCUGUCAGCUGGGCAAGCACCACCCACAGCCUCACGGUAGAGGACCCUGUGCUGGGCCUGGUUCUGUGGGCCAGCAGCAAAGUGGCAGAGCCUGGGCAGCUGGUCCACUUCCAGACGCUGCUGGCCUCAGGCUCUGCCGUCAGCUUCCGCCUGCAGGUCAACGGGGCUGGCUCCGAGAUGCUGCUAGGGCCCCAUUUCACUCGAAGCUUCCCCCGGGUCGGGGACUACCUGGUGAGUGUGCAGGCCGAGAACCAUGUGAGCCAGGCCCAGGCGCAGGUGCGUGUCUCUGUGCUGGAGGCCGUGGCUGGGCUGCUGGUGCCCAACUGCUGUGAGCCAGGCAUCGCCACAGGCACCGAGAGGAACUUCACGGCUCGUGUGCAGCGGGGUUCCCGGGUCGCCUACGCCUGGUACUUCUCCCUGCAGAAGGUGCAGGGGGACUCGCUUGUCAUCCUGUCGGGCCGAGACGUCACCUAUACGCCGGUGGCCGCAGGGCGGCUGGAGAUCCACGUGCGCGCCUUCAACGAGCUGGGCGGCGUGAACUGCACGCUGGUGGUGGAGGUGCAGGACGUCAUUCAGCUGGUGGUGCUGCUCAGCACGCGCUGCUUCACGAACCGAUCGUCCCGCUUCGAGGCAUCCACGAGCCCCAGCCCCUGGCAUGUGGCCUACCGCUGGGACUUUGGGGAUGGGGCACCGAUGCAGAACACGGAGCUUCCCUGGGCCGAGCACACCUACCUGCAGCCCGGGGACUACCACGUGGAGGUGAACGCCUCCAACCUGGUGAGCUUCUUUGUGGCCCAGGUGGCCGUCACGGUGCACAUGCUGGCCUGCAGGGAGCCCGAGGUGGCUGUGGCGCUGCCCCCACAGGUGCUCAUGCGGCGGUCCCAGCGUAACUACCUACAGGCCCACGUCGACCUGCGGGACUGUGUGACCUACCAGACUGAGUACCGCUGGGAGGUGUACCGUGCUGCCAGCUGUCAGCGUGCCCGCCACUCUGCCCAUGUGGCCCUGCCCGGAGUGGACACCAGCCGUCCCCAGCUAGUGGUGCCACGCCUGGCCCUGCCUGUGGGCCACUACUGCUUUGUGUUUGUGGUGUCGUUUGGGGACACGCCCCUAGCACAGAGCAUCCAGGCCAACGUGACAGUAGCCGCCGAGCGCCUGGUCCCCAUAGUGGAAGGUGGCUCCUCCCGGGUGUGGCCAGACACGCAGGACCUGGUACUGGACGGCAGCAAGUCCUAUGACCCCAACCUGGAGGAUGGUGACCAGACGCCACUCAGCUUCCACUGGGCCUGUGUGGCCUCAACACAGAGUGACUCUGGCGUGUGUGUGCUGAACUUUGCACCCCGUGGGAGCAGCGUGGUCACCAUUCCUCGGGAGCGCCUGCAGCCUGGCGUGGAAUACACCUUCAGCCUGACAGUGUGGAAGGCAGGACGGAAGGAGGAGGCCACCAACCAGACGGUGCUGAUCCGCCGUGGCCAGGUGCCCCUGGUGUCCCUGGAGUGUGUAUCCUGUAAGGCACAGGCCGUGUAUGCCGUGAGCCGCAGCUCCUACGUGUACCUGGAGGGCCGCUGCCUCAACUGCAGUGGGGGUGCCAAGCUGGGGCGCUGGGCCGCCCGCACCUUCAGCAACAAGACACUGGUGCUGGACGAGAGGACCACAUCCACCGGCAGCUCGGACCUGCGGCUGGUGCUGCGGCGCGGCGUGCUGCGGGACGGUGAGGGCUACAUCUUCACGCUCACGGUGCUGGGCCCGGGCGGCGAGGAGGAGGGCUGUGCCUCCCUCCGCUUGGCCGCCAACCGCCCGCCCCUGGGUGGCACCUGCCGCCUCUCCCCACUGGAGGCUGUGCACGCCCUCACCACCAAGGUCUACUUCUCAUGUGAGGGCUGGCAGGACGCGGAGGAUGCGUCCGCCCCGCUGGUAUAUGCCCUGUUGCUGCGGCGCUGUCGCCAGGGCCACUGUGAGGAGUUCUGUGUCUACAAAGGCAGCCUUUCCAGUUAUGGGGCUGUGCUGCCGCCAGGCUUCGCGCCCCGCUUCCUGGUGAGCCUGGCCGUGCUGGUGCAGGACCAGCUGGGCGCUGCCGUGGUCGCCCUCAACAGGUCUCUGACUAUCGGCCUGCCAGAGCCCCCUGCUGACAGCCCCGGCAGCCCCCCAGACCUGACGUCCUGGCUGCACAGCCUGACGGAGAGCAUGCUGCCCGGGCUGCUGAGACAGGCUGACCCCCAGCAUGUCAUCGAGUACUCCCUGGCCCUCAUUGCCGUCCUCAACGAGUACGAGCAGAGCCCACCUGUAGCGGCACAGCUGGACCACCGAUGGCAGCUUCAGGCCCAGAUUCGCAAGAACGUCACAGAGACCUUGGUGUCCCUUCGGGUACAUACAGUGGACGACAUUCAGCAGAUCGCAGCUGCGCUGGCCCAGUGCACGGUGUCCAGUCGGGAGUUGGUGUGCCGCUCCUGCCUGAAGGGGACGCUGCACAAGCUGGAGGCCAUGGUGCGCAUCCUGCAGGCCGAGACCGCCGCCGGCACCGGCACCCCCACCGCCAUCGCAGACAACAUCCUCAACAUCACAGGCGACCUCAUCCAUCUGGCCAGCGCGGACGUGCAAGGCCCACAACCCUCUGUGCUGGGGGCCGAGCUGCCGCCGCCAUCGCUGCUGGUGGCGUCCAGGGCCUACCACCUGUCCUCGGCACUCAUGCGCGUCCUCAUGCGAUCUCGAGUGCUCAAUGAGGAGCCUCUGACACUGGUCGGGGAGGAGAUCGUGGCUCAGGGCAAGCGUUCAGACCCCAGGGGCCUGCUCUGUUACGGCAACACCUCGGGGCCCGGCUGCCACUUCUCCAUCCCCACUGCCUUCAGCGGGGCCCUGGCCAACGUCAGCGAUGUGGUGCAGCUCAUCCUGCUGGUGGACUCCAAUCCCUUCCCCUUCGGCUACAUCAGCAACUACACCGUGUCCACCAAGGUGGCGUCCCUGGCCUUUCAGACAGAGGCUGGCACCCAGAUCCCCAUUGGGCAGCUGGCCUCGGAGCGUGCCAUCACUGUCAAGGUUCCCAGCAACUCUGACCAGGCCUCCCGGGGCUUCCAGGGCCCCCCCCACUCUGCGGCUGUCCCACCUGGCGCCUCGGUCAGCGCUGUGGUGUCCCUUGAGAACAGCAACCCCGAGGCGGGGCUGCACCUGCAGAUCACAUACACCAUGGUGGACGAGCGCUACCUGCUCCAGGAGCCGGAGCCCUACCUGGCUGUGUUCCUGCACUCCACGCCACGGCCCAAUGAGCACAACUGCUCGGCCAGCAGGAAGAUUAGCCCUGAGGCCCUGGGGGGCGAGGACCAUAGGCCCUACACCUUCUUCGUCGCCCCUGGGACCAGAGCACCUGGUGGGAGCUACCACCUGAACCUGACCAGCCACUUCCGCUGGUCGGCACUGGAAGUGUCGGUGAGGCUGUACACGUCGCUGUGCCAGUACUUCAGUGAGGACGAGAUGAUGUGGCGGACGGAGGGCCUGGUGCCCCUGGAGGAGACCUCGCCCAGCCAGGCCGUCUGCCUAACACGCCACCUGACCGCCUUUGGUGCCAGCGUCUUUGUGCCCCCCAGCCGUGUCGACUUCAUUUUGCCAGAACCUGCCGCGGGCGUGAACUAUGUAGUGCUGCUGACAUGUGCUGUGUGUGGGGCGACCUACGGUGUGGUGGCCGUGCUCCUGCACAAGCUGGACCGCCUGGACGCCCGCCGCAGCCGGGCCAUCCCCUUCUGUGGGAAGGGGGGCCGCUUCAAAUACGAGAUCCUGGUCAAGACCGGCUGGGGCCGUGGCUCCGGCACCACAGCACACGUGGGCAUCAUGCUGUACGGGGCGGAUAGCCGGAGCGGCCACCGGCACCUGGACGGGGACAGAGCCUUCCACCGCAAUAGCCUGGACAUCUUCCGCAUCGCCACCCCGCACAGCCUGGGCAGCGUGUGGAAGAUCCGCGUGUGGCAUGACAACAAAGGGCUCAGCCCCGCCUGGUUCCUGCAGCAUGUCAUCGUCAGGGACCUGCAGAGCGCCCGCAGCACCUUCUUCCUGGUGGACGACUGGCUGUCGGUGGAUGCGGAGGCCAAUGGGGGUCUGGUGGAGAAGGAGGUGCUGGCAGCAAGUGACGCGGCCCUGUGCUGCUUCCGGCGCCUCCUGGUGGCCGAGCUGCAGCGGGGCUUCUUCGACAAGCACAUCUGGCUGUCCCUCUGGGACCGGCCACCCAGAAGCCGCUUCACGCGCGUCCAGCGGGCCACCUGCUGUGCCCUACUCCUCUUCCUCUUCCUGGGCACCAACGCCGUGUGGUAUGGGGUUGUGGGUGACACAGCCUUCAGCCCAGGGCCUGUGUCCCAUCUCGUCCCACUGGGUCCAGACACAGUCACCGUGGGCCUGGUGUCCAGCGUGGUCGUCUACCCCGUCUACCUGCUCAUCUUAUUCCUCUUCCGGAUGUCCAGGAGCAAGGCUGGGGGCACGCGCCCUGAGCCCACGGGGCAGCUGAAUGUAGACAGCUACCUGGACUCAUCAGCACUGGACAGCUCCUUCCUCGCCUUCCCCGGGCUCCGAGCCGAGGCCUUUUCUGGACAUGUGAAAAGCCAGUUACUGCUGGAUGACUCAAAAAGCGUGCUGUGCUGGCCCUCCAGCGAGGGCACCCUCAGCUGGCCAGACCUGCUCAGCGACCCCUCCAUCAUGGGCAGCACCCUGCAGCAGCUGGCAUGGGGCCCUGAAGAGGACAGUCUAUCCCUGGUCAGCCCUUCGAGUGCCCAGUGCUUCUCAGAGGCGGGUGGUGAAAUGGGCCAGCCGAACACAGCUGCCCCACCAGACAUGCGCAGAGAGACGGACCUGCUCUCAGACCUGUCCAGCUGCCAGGGGGAAAGGGCAGAGACACUGGUGCUGCAGCCACUGGGAGAGAAGGGGCUGCCCGGCCCCACGCCACCUUGGGAGCAGCCCCAGCCCGUGAAGCGUGGCCCAACAGGGCUGGUGGAGGGGCUGCGGAGGCGCCUGCUACCGGCCUGGUGUGCGACCCUGGCCCACGGGCUCAGCCUGUUCCUGGCAGCUGUAGCUGUGGGGGUGUCGGGGUGGGUCGGUGCCAGCUUCCCCCCAAGCGUGAGCAUCAUGUGGCUCCUGUCAAGUGGCGCCAGCUUCCUGGCCUCAUUCCUGGGCUGGGAGCCCCUCAAGGUCCUGCUGGAGGCGCUAUACUUCUCAUUGGUGGCCAAGCGGCUGCUCCCCGAGGAGGACGACACGCUAGUGGAGAGCCCGACUGUGACUCCCGUGGGUGAGCGGGUGCCCCGUGUGCGGCCCCCCCACGGCUUCGCACUCUUCCUGGCCAAGGAGGAGGCCCGCAAGGUCAAGCGGCUGCACGGGACGCUGCAGAGCCUGCUGGUGUACAUGCUCUUCCUGCUGGUGACGCUGCUGGCCACCUACGGGGACACCUCAGGCCACAGCCACGCCUACCGCCUGCAGAGCGCCAUCAGGCAGGAGCUGGACAGCCAGGCCUUCCUGGCCAUCACCCGGUCGGAGGAGUUCUGGCCCUGGAUGGCUGAGGUGCUGCUGCCCUCCGUGCACAGAAACUGCUCCAGCCCAGAGCUGGGGCCCCUGCGACUGCGGCAGGUGCGGCUGCAGGAAGCGCUCUGUCCAGACCCGCCGGGAACCAGGGUGCACAGCUGCGAGCCGGGCCGGGACUUCAGCACUGCGGACUACAGCGUCGGCUGGGGGCCCCCCGGCCACAAUGACUCCCAGAUGUGGGCCUACUCUGCGCCUGACCUCCUGGGUGUCUGGUACUGGGGGGCCUGCGCCGUGUACGACAGCGGGGGGUACGUGCAGGAGCUGGGGCUCAGCCUAGAGGAGAGCCGCGCGCGCCUGGGCUUCCUGCAGCUGCAUGACUGGAUCGACAACAGGAGCCGCGCCGUGUUCGUGGAGCUCACCCGCUACAGCCCGGCCGUGGGGCUGCACGCCGCCGUCACGCUGCGCCUGGAGUUCCCGGCGGCUGGCCGCGCAGUGACAGCGCUGAGCGUCCACCCCUUCGCACUGCGCCGCCUGAGCGCUGGCCUGACGCUGCCACUGCUCACCUCGGUCAGCCUGCUGCUCUUCGCGCUCUACUUCUCCUUCUUGGAGGCGCGCGCCUGGUACCGGGAGGGGUGCACGCGCGCCUGGCAGUCGGUGGCCUGGGCACGGUGGCUGCUGGUGGUGCUGACCGCGGCCGCAGCGCUCGUGCGCCUGGCCCAGCUGGGUGUCGCGGACCGCCAGUGGACGCGCUUCCUGCGUCGCCGCCCGCGCUUCACCAGCUUCGACCAGGUGGCUCAGCUGAGUGCCACCGCCCGCGGGCUGGCCGCCUCACUGCUCUUCCUGCUCCUGGUCAAGGCUGCCCAGCAGCUGAAGUUCAUGCGCCAGUGGUCAGUGUUUGGCAAGACGCUGUGCCGGGCCCUGCCGGAGCUGGCGGGCACAGCCCUCGGCCUGGUGGUGCUCGCCGUGGCCUACACGCAGCUGGCCGUCCUGCUGGUCACCUCAGGUGUGGAUUCGCUGAGGAGUGCAGCCCGGACCCUCCUGGUGCUGUGCCCCGGGGCAGGGGGCCUCGCCCUGUGCCCGGCUGAUUCCUGGCACCUGGCAGCCCUACUGUGUGUGGGACUCUGGGCGCUACGGCUGUGGGGCACCCUGCGGCUGGGGGCCGUGGUGCUGCGCUGGAGGUACCACACUCUGCGCGGGGAGCUGUACCGGCCAGCCUGGGAGCCCCAGGACUACGAGAUGGUGGAGCUCUUCCUGCGACGGCUGCGGCUCUGGAUGGGCGUCAGCAAGGUCAAGGAGUUCCGCCACAAGGUCCGCUUUGAAGGGAUGGAGCCGCUGCCCUCCCGCUCCUCCAGGGGCUCCAAGUCGUCCCCGGACAUGUCGCCCCCCAGCGGCGGCUCGGAUGCCUCUCGUCCCUCCACCGCCUCCAGCCAGCUGGACGCACUGGGGGUGGGCCGGCCGGGGCUGAGGGGGGAGCCGGAGCCCUCCCGCCUCCACACAGUGUUCGAGGCCCUGCUGACCCAGUUUGACAGACUCAACCAGGCCACGGAAGACGUGUACCGGCUGGAGCAGCAGCUGCAGCACCUGCAGGGCUCCCGGGGAGAGGGUCCCACUGCCCCACCCCCCCCAGGCACCUCCCCAACCCUCCCCUCCCGCCUUGCCCGCCCCAGCCGGGCUUCCCAGAGGGCAAAGAGGAAGGUCCACCCCAGCAGCACUUAGCUCGGGCCGUCAGAGCCACCCUUCAGUAUUACUUCCACUGCACGCAGUCCCCAGAGCGCGUGGUCUGCGCCUCUGGGCUCAGCACUUUAAGAGGCCACGUGCCCAGCCAGGACCCAGGGUCCCUCCCCUGAGGGGAGGCGCAGCAGUAUUGAACUAGUGCCCAGCCGUGGAGGUGCUAACUUAUUUCCUGAGUCCGCAGGUCCAGUGGGCUGUGCCCACUCCUCCUCCUGGGCAGACACCCCCCUCACCAAGGAUCCAGGGAGGGACCCUGCACCUCCCACCCCUAAGUUAUUGCCUCCCGCCCCCACUGAUGCCCAGCCCCCACUGCGUCUGUCUAGCGUCUAAUUUAUACGGGGUUCAAAUGUAUUUUUGUACGUCCUCUAUUUCUCCCUAGGGCAGGGGCGCUCCCAGACCCCUUCCCAGCCCGGCCUGCUGGUGUCAGGCCUGAGCAGACAAAGGCCGGGGGUGGAGUGGGGUGGUGGAGAGACCCCUCCUGGGGCUGGCUCCUGGCUGAGGAAGGGGUGCUGCCCAGAUUCCAGCCUGGCCCAUUCCAGACGAAGCCCAAUAAAGAAGUUGGCUGACA